AUGUCCGUUCCCACCAUUAAGCUCAAUAACGGCGUACAGAUUCCAGCUAUUGGUCUCGGCACCUGGCAAUCUCAGCCUUCGGAAGUUGUUGCAGCCGUCGCUUAUGCGCUGAAAGAAGCUGGAUACAGACAUAUCGAUUGCGCUUGGGGCUACAAUAAUGAGAAGGAGGUGGGUGAGGGUAUCAGACAGUCUGGUGUGCCUAGGUCGGAGGUUUUCAUUACCAGCAAGGUUUGGGGAACAUAUCAUUCCCGCGUUGAGGAGGCUCUGGAUGAAACCCUAGCCAAUCUUGGAACUGAUUACCUGGAUUUAUAUCUAAUCCAUUGGCCAAUCGCCUUGAAUCCAAAGGGCAAUCAUCCUGCUUUUCCUACUCUCCCUAACGGUUUGCGCGAUGUCGUACACUCCUGGAAGCUGUCUGAUACUUGGAAGCAAAUGGAAGCACUGGUUCAAAAGGGCAAGGUCAAGACUAUUGGCAUAAGUAACUUCUCCGUGAAGAAGAUCGAAGAAAUUCUUCCUUCUGCAGAAGUUAUUCCUGCAGUUAAUCAACUGGAAUUGCACCCCUACAACCCUCAACAUGAGUUGCUUGCAUAUUGCCGUUCCAAAGGAAUAGUACCGCAAGCAUAUUCACCUCUGGGUUCUACGAACUCGCCGCUGCUCAAAGAUGACGUCGUGCUAAAGAUUGCACAGAAGCACAGUUUGCAGCCUUCAGAUGUUCUACUCGGCUGGCUUGUGGUCCAUGAUAUUGUUGCACUUCCGAAAUCCGUCACUCCUUCACGUAUCACUUCCAACCUCACUGGAACCAUAAAUGCAAUCGGAAAGCUUGACAAGGAAGAUAUUGCGGAGCUCGACGGACUCGCGGCUUCAGGAAAGCAGAAGAGGCUCAUCAUGCCUCCGUGGCCUGUUGACCUGGGAUUUGACAACUGGACUGCGCCGAUGCCCCAACCUCAACCAACGGCUUAG